CCACCUCCGGCCGGGCCGGAGCGCCUGCGCACCGACGCGAUGAUAAUCUCCUUCUGAAGAGACGCGCGCGGCCACGCGCAGGGCUUCGAGAUGACCUACCGCGGGCUGCAGGACGCAUCGGAGGACGACGCUGCCGCCCCCGAGGGCUCGGCGCACACCCCCGCAGAGCCCCUCGACGGCGCCAACGCCAGCUGCAGCCCCAGGCCCGGAGCUCCGCAGCCGGCGGUGGGAGCUCGGGUCUCCUCGACGGUCAUGGCCAUCUCCGUGAAGAUGAAGAAGAUCCUGUCGAUGAUGCGUUUGCUGCGCCGACGGAGCGGGCGCCGGGGCAGGGCUGAGGGCGGACCCCGCACCGG